GACAACAGAGAUGAUGUGAACCGACAGACUUGUCAUUGUCAUUGUCACCCGCCUACUCGACAGCCCAAACCGCGGUCCAUCGCUGGGUUCUCAAAUCCAUUUCCUGCCAUGGAAUGACAUCAGCUUUCUCCAUGUGCGGUUACAGGGAAGGCAAGGCAAGUGUGAGGCUGUACGCUUCCAGCCUCCGACCUCCACCAAAUGAUGCCUGUACAGUGCGAUAUACAGUAUCACCCUCGGCAAGUACAGUACAGUACACCCCUGGAACGUUUUCUCAGUCUUGUGGUUUCGCAAAACGCAGACCCACGGCGGAAUCUACGCCCAUAGCCAAUGCUGUUGCAUAUUGUUGAACUCCAGCGUUGAUCGCUGUGCAACAAACGGCCUGUUUGUAGACAGGGGGAUGUUAUGUUGGUGGCUCAAAACGGAGGAGCGUGCAAGCCUUGCUUGGAGAAUCUGCAGCUAGAAUCCGGACAUAUCCCGAUUAUCCUCAAUUUGAAUGUAUCAGAGCCACUGCUUUAAAGAUUCAGCUGCUCCAAUACAUUCUUGCCGCUAACCGUCCCUAAGGAUGACCGUGGCGGCGGCGAUGACAUCAUGUAACCGAGCCGCAGUGCUGGCGCCGCCGUUCGUUAUAGGCAUCCUCACGGGCUUCACUUUGCUGAUACUGCAGCAGUCACUGUCAACGCGCAUCCUAAGAGUCUCUUCUGGAAGCGAGGAAACAGCGCCGCUUCAGAUCGAGCAGACCCUAAACACGGGUCAGAAUGAAGCCGUUUCCUCGUUUGAGGAAAAUGUACCGUUUCGUUAUAAUACCAGCGCUGCGGUUGUGGAAGGAAAGCUGAACAUACACUUGGUGGCUCACUCGCACGACGACCUCGGUUGGCUGAAAACCAUAGACCAGUACUAUGACGACACUGUACAGUACAUCAUCGAGACCGUUAUCGACCAGCUUUCGGACAAUCCCGACCGCAAGUUCAUUCAAGUCGAGCAGGCAUUUUUCUAUCGUUGGUGGCAACGGCAGCAGGAACCGAUGCGGGGAAAAGUGCGAAAGCUAGUGGCUUCUGGUCAAUUGGAGUUCAUCAACGGCGGGUGGGUGAUGCACGACGAAGCGUGCACGCACUACUCGGACAUGGUGCACCAGAUGUCGAUGGGCCACCGCUUCAUAAAAGAGAACUUCAACAUCACGCCGCGCAUCGCAUGGCAGAUCGACCCCUUCGGCCACUCCGCCACUCAAGCCAGCCUCAUCGCUGCCAAGUGUGGUCUGGACGCGGUGUUUAUAGGGCGGGUGGACCAGCAGGAGAAGCAUGCUCGCAUGGCUGCAAAGACAAUGGAGUUUGUGUGGCGGGCGGAUGGGGCAGCGCGGCGAGACAGCCAGGUGCUGGGCAUGGUGUCGUAUGACGGCUACUACUCGCCGCAGCAAUUCCGCUACCAGGACUCGGAUGGCAGUGGCUAUCACUUACAGGACAACCCCUAUGGGGAGGCUCCCAACGUGAAGGGCCUGGUGGACCAAUUUGUGGCAGAGGUGACGAUGAGGGCGAAAGGGUUCAAGACGAAGCAUCUCCUGUUCCCCAUGGGCGAGGACUUCUCGUUUGACCGAGCCAUUGUGUGGUUCAAGAACAUGGACAAGCUCAUCCACUACGUGAACCUGGAUGGGAGGGUGAACGUGCUCUACUCCACUCCCUCCGUCUAUCUAGAUGCCCUCCACUCUGCCAAUGCCACGUGGCCUCUCAAGACUGGUGACAUGUUCCCCUAUGCGGAGGACGGCGCCUCCUACUGGACGGGGUACUUCAGCAGCCGCCCCACCUUCAAGCAGUUCGCUCGCUCCUGCAGCUCUCUCUUGCUGGCUACCACAAUACUGGAGGCAGCGGUAGGCAAGCAGGCACUGCAGGCAUGGGGCAUGGCCACAGGGCGCAUGGUGGUGCUGGAGCACCUGUCCUUCGACCCGCACAUGGGGGCAUCAACUCUUGAGGAGAAGCAAGCGGGUCACGUGGAGUCAGGCGAGGAGGAGAGGCAAGAGGAGCAGCAGGAAGGGGGGGGGAGUGCUGCCAGCAAGGGGGGGCGAGAGAAGAGAGCAAAUGGAAGCAGUGAGGGGCGGGGAGGCAAGAGCGGUGAGGGGUGGGAGGGCGGGAGGAAGGUGCGUGUGGCGAGCACGUUUCGGCUGGAGGAGGCGGUGGCAGUGGUGCAGCACCACGAUGGCAUCACCGGCACGGCGCAGCAGCACGUGAACGACGACUACUGCGCCAGGCUGCACCGAGCGGCGGUAGAGGCAUCCGCUGUGCUCACAUCAGCUAUCACCCACCUCAUCACCAGAGGCGCCAUCCCCAAAUCUCUGCCCAACGCCUCUGUCUCCCCUGCCGUGGAGUUCACCUUCAAGCCGUCCCCCACAGGGCAGGGCGGGUGGGGCUGGAACCAGGUGGGCCUCUUCAACCCCCCUGCCUUCACGCAGCUCGGCGCGCCCUUGCCGCCCAGCACGGAGUACUCGGGCGAUCAGCAGGAGGAGCCUACGCUUGAGCCGACUCAGGAGCUUGGCGCUGCUGCUGCGUUUCCCCCGAGCUCAGACUACUCGGGCGAGCAGCAGCAGGAAGUGGACUAUGCCGACCAGGCGCACGACGAGAACGAAGCGGAGGACGAGCAGGCACAGGGCAUGGCGGAUACUGAAGGCACUGAGGACCCUCUGCUGGCCACUGAGGCUCAGCAGGCACUAGGCGCCGCUGAGCUGCAGUCCGAGAGCGAUGGUGCGGGCGAGCAGCAGAGCCUGGGAUCCGGCCUGUCGGACGGCCCUCCCCUGGAUGGCGACCAAGAGGGGUUCCUCGACCCAGAGCAGGUCUUUGAUGCGGAAUCGCUGCAGCCUGCUGAGCCUGUAAUGGGCGAGGAGAGAGAAGCUGGUCUGGUUGGCCUGUCUCCUGGUGGGCCAGAGCAGGUUGAAUCCUCUUCGACUGCAGCUGAUGGGACCAGUGCCCGCCCUGCUGUGGAGGCCACACGCCCUGCUGUAGAUGGCACACGCGCUGCUGCUGAUGGCACACGCUCUGCUGCUGAUGGCACACGCGCUGCUGCUGAUGGCACACGCGCUUCUGCGGAUGGCACAGGCUCAAGUGCAGGUGCAGAGGGCAGCCGCCCGGAUGGGAGGAGAGGGCAGGAGGUGGUAGCUAGCAGGGGACGGAGGCGACUGAAAGACGGCAGGGGUGGGGAAGAUGCGGCAAGCAAUGAGGACAGCACGGACGGUGAUGGCAAUACGGAGGGUGGAAGACAGCAGCUGCCAUUGCUGGACUUGAAGAUGUGCCCUCUGCUCAACCUCUCCCACUGCCCGCCAUCUGAAUCCGCCCUGCAGCAAGGCCAGACCCUGGUUGUGGUGGCCAUCAACCCUCUUGCCUGGCCUCGCUCCGAGGUCAUUCGAUUCCCAGUUUCAUCCCCCAACCUCCUAGUCACCGACGCCUCUGGCUCCCCCAUCCCCUCUCAAGUGCUCAGGGAGACACUCCUCUCCCCCACCACCCGUGCCACCUACAUCGCUGCUUACACGGGCACGGGGGGCACGGGAGGGGAGGAAGUAGGGGAGGAGGCGGGAGAGGAAGGGGAGGAGGCGGGAGAGGAGGGGGAGUGGAAGGAGUUGGAGGAUGGGCAGUGGCCGCAGCCGAGCCAGCAGAGGAAGAGGAAGCAUCGGAAAAGGCAAGAGCAGGAGCAGAAGGAGGAGGAGCAGCAGGCGGUGCUGUCGCUUGUGUUCAGAGCCGAGGUGCCUCCUCUGGGAUACGCCACCUUCUUUGUCUCUCCAGCCACCCAAGACACCCCAGGCCGGGCGCACGUGAGUGAGGCAUGGAGCAAUACGGCAGCCGGCACUACAGCAGCACGAUCUGGGGCAGCGACGGCGCAGAAGAAACCGAGCAAGGCUGAGAGGGGGAGGAAGGCUAGAGGGCGGAGGAUGGGCGGGAGUGGAGGAGUAGAGAGAGAGAUGGGUGGUGGCGACACGGGAGGGAGGCAGCUCCAGGGUGGGGGGGGAACAGAGGAGGACAAGACGGGAGGUGGAGGAGGAGGGAGCGGGCAGGAGGGGGUUGACACCGUGGUGCUGGGAGGAUGGCAGGGUGCCGGGGCCUCUGGUGGUGGCGGUGCUGCUGGUGCUUCGAGGGACAGUGGGAAGCAGGCGGCGUUGCGCGUCUCGUUCUCCAAGUCGGCUCUGGGCAUGCAGCGGAUGGAGCUGGUCUCUCCGAGUGCAAGUGGCUCAGGGGAGAUUUCGCACAUGUCGAUGCCAGUGAACGCCACUAUGAUGGAGUACGCCUCAUACAGUGGUGGUGCAUACAUCUUCGAGGCCUCCCAACCCGCCGAGCCCAUCACCAAGCGUGGCUUCCAGGUGCCCAUUCACAUCCAGCGUGGACCAAUCGUGGAGGAGUUCACUCGCAAGGUCACUCCGUGGAUCUCAGAGGUCUUCAGAGUGUAUCCCGGACAAGACUAUGCCGAGCUGCACUAUUCGGUGGGCCCGCUCCCCGCCAAGGGCCGCAACCACGAGGUGAUGGCUCGCUUCACUGCGCCCAUCAACAGCAGCAGGACCUUCUAUAGCGACUCCAACGGCAGGAGCUACAUCAAACGGGUGGUGGACUACCGCUUGGAUUGGAAGCUCCAAGUCAGCGACCCCAUAGGAGGCAACUACUACCCGCUCACAGUCGGAGCGUUCAUAAAAGACAAAGCAGCCCAGCUGUCGGUGCUCGUGGAUCGGGCGGCAGGUGCUGCCAGCCUGGCAGCCGGCCAGCUGGAGGUCAUGCUGCACAGGGCCCUCCAGUCGCUGGACGGUAAGGGUGUGGGCGAGCCGCUACAAGAGAGCAUUACCGUGGAGGGGAAGACUCGCCCACUCACGGUUGUGGGCGCCCUGCGCUUUGGGCUGCAUGCUACGACGGACCCCAAAGAGGGAGGGAAGCAAGGGAAGGAAGGGGUGGGGUUGGGGCGGGGGAGUGAGUGGCGGAGGCAGCACGCCCAGCGGCUCAUAUCCCCUCUUCAGCUCGCCUUCGCUCUUCAGACACAGGAGUCCAUCAAGGCAGCACAAGGCAGCUACACGUGGCACUAUUCCCUCUCCCAACCAUCCUCCACGUCACGCCCAACCAACCCUGACAGUGCUUUCUCCUACGCUGUCCCUCUGAACGUUGCAGUCAUCUCGCUGCAGGAGCUUUCACCCAGCGAGGUUGUUGUGAGACUUGCUCACCUCUAUGAGCCUGGGGAGCAUGCUGCCUUGUCUCGCCCCGCCCAUGUGGACCUUCGCCGCUUGUUUGCAGCGAGAAAGAUUCAAGAGGUAGCAGAACUGAGUCUGAUGGCCAAUCAGAGACGAGCAGAAAUGCGGCAACCUCUAUCAUGGCAAGUGCAGGUAGAAGAUGAAGUUGGAAGAGAAGGUGAUAGUAAUAAUUUUAAGGAUACAGCCUCGACCCAAGGACCCUUUGUGGAUCCUGCCACUCUUGUGGUGGAGUUAGGGCCUGCAGAAAUCCGCACUUUUUCGAUCAGGCUACAAGCUACUUGAUUUCAUAGUAGUGGAUGGUAAAAAUAAAGCUCCAAAUAAAGUUUGCUGAAAUUGUUCACUCGUUUGUCAUAAUCAAUUCUUCAUUAUCUC